AUGUUGGUUAAAGUACCAGCCGGCGGAGUUAAAACUCGUAAAGGUUGCCGUACUAUGAAAGGGGAUACAAAGAAGGUUAAGCGGCUUUUGGUGCGCCGCAAUAACAUCAUUGGUUCGGCUAAAUUGAUUAAGGAGUAUGGCGCUAAUUUCGUGUUCGAGCGAGACUUUCCGCAAAUCAAAUUUCGCAUUGAAAAGCUUGAUUCACUUUGGGACGAAUCUAAUGAAAUCCAAGCUGAAAUCGAAUGUGAACACGAGAUCAGUGACGAGCUCGCUGAUGAGCGUGUUGAGUUUGAAACAAUAUAUUUCGAGUUAGAAGGAUCCCUGUCGAAUAAGUUAGCAGCAGUUACAGAUGUAUCCUCCCCCCUACCAACCUCGCCUACUGCUCCACCUACUCAAACGUUCGGUGUCCGAUUGCCUGAGAUCAAAAUCCCAGAAUUCAAGGGCGACUUUGAUGAAUGGAUGAAUUUCCAUGACUUGUUCAAUACUCUUAUACACAGUAACACUCAGUUGUCGCCAAUGCAAAAAUUUCAAUACUUGAAGGCUGUUUUGAAGGGAGAUGCUCUUCGUUUGGUACAGUCACUGGCUGUGAGCUCAGCCAAUUAUAUGAUUGCAUGGGAUUUGCUCAGAAAACGAUUCGAUAACAAACAUUAUCUGAUCAAACAACAUCUAUCUGCACUUCUCUCCUCUCCAUCUCUCAAAAGAGAGUCUUCGUCUGCGCUUUCGGAUUUGGCGGACACGUUCGAAAAACAUCUCAGCAUGUUAAAGAAAUUAGAAGACCCACAGGAUCAUUGGAACUCCUUUUUAGUUGAGCUAUUGAGCAGUCGGCUCGAUGCUGUGUCGCAAAAGGAGUGGGAAAAUCAUUUGGAUGAUGAUUCUCGACCAACCUAUAAUGAUUUGAUCAAAUUUAUACACAAACGCUCUCGAAUUCUCCAAUCACUGAUGCUCUCCCAGUCGUCAAAUGCAAGCGGCAAGCCAGAACCAAAGUAUCAUCGAAUAAAUGUAUCAUCUCAUCCUGUCAUAGCAAAUGAAGAUGCUAAAGCGUGUGCAGCUUGCCACAGAGGCACACACGCUCUCAGUGGCUGUGAGAGUUUCGUCAAGCUCUCGCCAAAAUUACGUUUCAACUUGGUGAAGAGGCACGGGUUCUGCUUGAACUGCUUAAAACCUACACAUUUAUUGAAAGAUUGUACCUCUGCUGGAUCAUGUCGAAUAUGUAACAAACAUCAUAAUACCAUGUUGCAUUUAAAUACGUCUGCCGCGCUGACUGUUCAAGUAGCUGAUAGUACAACUAGCACUAAUACCCUUGCUCAAACUCGAUCAUCCUCACAAUCGGCUGCGGUCGUCGAGUCGUCGUUGUCGGUAGAUCCGUGCAUUGUCGAUCAAGCGCACGGCAUCCCUCGGUUAAUGGGACGCGAUCGCUCGUCGUCGGGGGGCCAAAAUAAAUCGAUUUCGUUCAUUCCGUCGUCGCCGGGACCGUCAGGCUCGGCUCAUGGUUCUUCACACACUACUAGCUAUCCAGUCAUGACUAUGAAAAAGACUAACACAACUGUCUUUAUGUUGACAGUCUAUGUCAAGGUUCGUGAUAUCAAUGGAACCUAUAUUCUCGCUCGUGCUCUACUAGACUCUGCAUCUGAGCGCAAUUUCGUAACCGAAAAUCUCGCACAAAGGCUACGAUUAAAGCGCACAGUAUCGGAAAUUGAUGUAUAUGGAAUUGGAAAUAGUAUUCAACGUGUAACCCAGUCGGUUACGAUCAAUCUUGCCUCAAGAGUGAACCAAUUCAACGCAAAUAUCGAAUUUUUAAUCCUUCCCAGUCUGACGAGAAUUCUGCCGUCUGUUGAUGUGGAUGUUUCUAAGUGGGAAAUCCCGAAGGACCUGCCUGUGGCUGAUCCAACCUUCCAUCUCGCUCACGGUAUAGACAUGAUAAUUGGUAUCCAGUGGUUUUUCUCGUUAUUGGAAAACGAUCAAAUUAGUCUUGGGCCACAACUACCUAUUCUACACAAAACAGUGUUUGGCUACGCUGUUGCUGGUGAUCACACACAGCGUAAUCCGACUAGAACGGCAGUCUGCAAUGCUGCAAUGACGGUCGACAAAUUAACGGCAGCCGUGCAAAGGUUUUGGGAAGUAGAAAGUUUUGACGGAGGAAAAUCAUUUUCACUGGAUGAGCAAUACUGUGAGAACCAUUUUCGCAAGACUCAGUCAAAAGCACCUGACGGUCGAUAUGUCGUUCGAUUGCCGAUUCAUGAGGAAUUGUUAUCGACUAUGGGUGAAUCGUUACCGAUCGCUGAAAGAAGAUUUCAUUCACUCGAGAGAAAGCUAUCGGCUAGCACUCAGCUUCAUUCAGAUUACCACCAAUUCAUGUCUGAAUAUCAAGCGUUGGGACACAUGGAGGAAGUGUCACCGAACCUCUCAUUGCCGCAUUUUUACCUCCCACACCAUGCAAUUUUGCGACCGGACAGUAAAACAACUAAAAUUAGAGUUGUUUUUGAUGGAUCUUGUCGAUCAUCAAAUCGCCUCUCGCUAAAUGACUUAUGCUACGUAGGCCCUACAGUACAACCUACACUCAUCUCCAUAAUUCUCAAUUUACGAUUACCAAAAUAUGUCAUCACAGCUGACAUCGAAAAGAUGUACAGGCAAAUAGUUGUACAUCAGCAGGACCGACCGUUGCAACAGAUUAUCUGGAGAAAUAAUCCAACGGACCGUUUGCAAACCUAUCAACUCAGAACUGUGACGUAUGGCACCGCCUGCGCUCCAUUCCUGGCCACACGAGUUCUGAAUCAACUUGCAGACGACGAAGCAGAUAACUACCCCCUAGCCUCGCGCGUCUUGAAACGCGCUUUUUAUGUGGAUGAUUGUCUGACUGGAGAUGACGACAAGGAUCGGCUUAGUGAAACAUGUAAACAGCUUAAUGAUCUACUUCAUGCAGGAGGUUUUGUACUACGAAAAUGGAGCUCCAGCGAUCCCGAAAUUCUACGGCACAUUCCCGAGGCACUUUAUGACCAACAAGAUAAUCUCGAAAUUGACAAAUCAUGCAUCGUGAAAACACUUGGCUUACUGUGGCAUCCGCAAUCUGAUUAUUUUGGUUUCAAAGUUCCUGUACUGACUGAAUCGAAUCCAGUUACUAAACGCAUUGUGCUAUCCGAAAUGUCCCGCUUGUUUGAUCCGAUGGGACUUGUCGGGGCGGUCAUUGUCUCUGUGAAAAUCUUUUUGCAAUCACUAUGGUUAAACAAAUUCCAGUGGGAUGAACAGCUUCCACAAGCCUUUCAGACGUGGUGGAAAAUGUUCCGAGAGGAAAUGCAGGAGCUGAGCAAUCUUCGAAUCCCUCGGCAUGUAAUGUAA